AUGGCAAACUCUCUGCCUUUUCCUCAAGGAAAGGAAAAGAAGCCGUCUUCGGUUGAAGCGCCUGCCUCCCAGCUACUCUAUCCAAAUGACCAGAACUCAUUUCCAUCUCAGCCUGAAUUUGGCAAGCCUACAUCUUUAGGAGCCCCGCCACAGCCGUAUUCAAGGCUACAGCCUCCUGCAAGACCGACUGCGAAUGGAUCAGCCGCCACGCAAGUCAGUGGAAGUCAAAAAGACCAAUAUUCAAAUCUUUUCGUGGUUCCAAAAAAUCCUUCGCAGAGACCAGAGCUACAUAAGCCUCAUGUAGUCACAAACCCGCUACAAGCUUUUAGAGACAUCACGAAUAGUGCUAGUCAGCCUGUCAAAUCGACUUCGUCUAGGCUGGCCUAUGAGGAUGACGACGUAUUUGAGAUUCCCAAGCCCUCAAACUCCCCCAGUUGGCAACCGAAGCCUGUCGCUCCUCCGACGUUUUCUUCUCAGAAUUCCACCAAUCCUCACUUCAGGCCUCAGAAUGUCGUGGACUUUACUCGAGACUGGGCAGUUUUCAAUACGAAUAGUAGUUAUUAUCAGGAAGACCGAUAUGCUGCUGCAGAUCCAUACAUCUACAUGGACUCAGCCAAAGCCAACGAGAAUAUCAAAGCUCUGCUUGAGGGUGCGUUUGAAGAUGAAGAAGAUAAACCGCGGACAAGGAGAUCAAAGAAGCAAUUGGAAAGCAAGCUCGAAGAAUUGACAGACAAGGCAAAGAACAUGACCGUUGAAGGCGAGUGCAAAACUGAACAAGCCGACGAAGAGGACGACGGAACUGUUCUCGGUCUCAAAGUCAAGCUCCUUCCUCAUCAAAUUGAAGGCGUUGGCUGGAUGUGCGACAAAGAGACUGGUACCAAGAAGACCAGAGGUGUCCUACCCAAAGGCGGCAUUUUGGCAGACGACAUGGGUCUUGGAAAGACUAUACAGUCAAUUGCUCUUAUGCUGACCAACCCCAAGCCAAGUACCAAAGAGCUUGAAAAGAGCAAACGCAAACUGCCUGAAGGUAUUGGAAAGGGUACACUUGUCGUCGCACCACUCGCUCUGAUCAAACAAUGGGAAGGCGAAAUCAAGGAUCGUGUCGAAGGCGAUCACGCUCUCAAAGUUUGUGUCCAUCACGGACCCCAAAGAACGAGAGAUAACAAGGAUCUCAAGGAGUACGACGUGGUCAUCACCACUUAUCAAACUUUGUCAUCGGAGCAUGCGGGGUCUGAAGGCGGCUUAAAAGUUGGAUGCUUUGGGGUGCACUGGUACAGAAUCAUUCUGGACGAGGCACAUUCCAUCAAGAAUCGUAAUGCGAAAGCUACGAAAGCGGCCUGUGCGCUGGAUGCGGAAUACCGGUGGUGCUUAACGGGGACUCCUCUGCAAAACAAUCUCGAUGAAUUACAGAGUCUGAUUCAUUUCCUUCGGAUCAAGCCUUAUGAUGACCUGAAUCACUGGCGUGAACACAUUACAAAACCCAUGAACAAUGGAAGGGGUGGUCUGGCACUUAGGAGACUGCAAGUGUACCUGAAGGCGUUUAUGAAACGCAGAACGAAAGACGUACUGAAGCAACAAAGUCCUUCGAAAGAUGCAAAAGGCCAUCCUAGAGAAGGGAAAUCUGCGGGAUUCGACAUCGUUGCGCGGGUUGUGGAGAAGGUCGAGGCCGAAUUUACGGAACAGGAGCGAGAAUUCUAUCGGCGUCUGGAAUCGAGGACGGAUCGCAGUCUUGAGAUGAUGAUGGCCGGUAACAAGAUGAGUUAUGCUUCUGCUUUGGUGCUUCUGAUGCGUCUCCGUCAAGCUUGCAAUCACCCAAAAUUGACAGGCAGCGACUUGAGCACUGAGAACGAUGUCUCAGGUGGCAGCCGGACAGCAGGCCGAAGGAAAGUCAGUCCUGAAGAUGACAUGGAUAGUAUGGCCAACAUGCUUGGCGGAUUGACCAUGGAAAUGAAGAGAUGCGAUAUGUGCCAGAUUGAGCUCAGUAAGGCAGAGAUCUCUAACGGUGCAAUCCGCUGCGAUGAAUGUGAGGCCGAUCUUGAGAAGCAGGACGACCAAGUCAAGGAGAAGAAAUACGCCAAGAAAGAAAAGAAGCGAAGACAACAACAAGAAGCAAUCAGAGCGCAGCGGAAGCAAACUCGGCGAGUCGUCGAGGAUAGCGACGACGAACAAAGUGGACCAGGGUCUGAGAAAGAUGAAGAAGAUGCCUCCUCACUCGAUGAUGACGAUGAUGACUACGUGUCCGACGACGCCAGUUCACAAGAAUCAACCCUCCUUCAAUCCACCAAGAUCCGACAUCUUCUGUCGAUCCUAAAAUCGGACUCUCACCGGCACAAAUACAUUGUCUUUUCCUUUUUCACGUCGAUGCUAGAUCUGAUCGAACCUUUUCUGAAGAACAAUCGCAUCCGGUAUGUCCGUUACGAUGGGAAGAUGCGCAACGAUGCGCGAGAAGCGAGCCUCGAUUCUCUUCGAACGGAUCCCUCAACACGUGUCCUCCUCUGCUCUCUCCGGGCAGGAAGCUUAGGCCUCAAUCUGACAGCAGCUAGUCGAGUGGUUAUCCUUGAACCUUUCUGGAAUCCAUUCGUUGAAGAGCAGGCAAUUGAUCGAGUGCAUCGACUGAAUCAGACUGAAGACGUCAAGGUGUACAAGCUCACGGUCAAGAACACAGUGGAGGAGAGAAUUUUGGAGCUUCAGGAGAAGAAGCGUGAGCUGGCUAAUGCGACGAUCGAAGGCAAGAAGGGCGCGAUGAAGUUGACGCUGCAGGAUAUGUUGAAGUUGUUUGGAAGAGAUGCGGAACGAGAACAUCCCGUCGAUGUUGGCAGCGUGGGCAUGGGUUCAGGAGGGGGAAGAGGGUUGUUGGAUGGGAACGGAGCCGCUUCCAGGUCCACAAUGAAUACAUCGGCGACCCCUUUGUCGACCAACAGCAAUCUUGGCCAGGGCGACAGAAAUGCAAAUGGGGCUCGCGAAAGAAUGCGUCUGAGCAACGGUACGAAGAAUCCACAGAAGGAGGAAAACAUUUAUGCCCAACGUCGGUGGUGA